AUGAUGAUGAUGACUGGCCGUGUGCUGCUGGUGUGUGCCCUCUGCGUGCUGUGCUGCGGUGCCGGCGGGGUUUAUGCGAGGAACCCUGACAACAAUUCACUGGGCGGCUACAUGGCGUCGGGAGGGCUUGGAGGGAAUACGUCGUUUUUGUCAAACGGAUCCAUUAAAAAAUUAUCCACACCGCUUUUGCUGUCAGCAUCGUUUAUCUCUGCUAUACAAGCCGAAGCUCGUGAAGGAAAAGUUCCUUCUCCAGGAGUUACUAAUUCACCUUUAAGUGGAGUCGCGGGUCUUAGUCCUGCUUUUUCCGGCCCUGCCGCUGCUAUUCCUGCUCCUGGCCCUGUUCCUGGUCCUGCUAUUCCUGUCCCUGGUUCUGUUCGUGGUCCUGAUGCUCCUAUUCCUGGUGUUGCUGUUCCCAGUCCUGGUCCUUCUGGUCCCGGUCUUCGUGCUGCUGGUCAUGGUCUUGGAGCUUCUUUUCCCAGUCCUGCUGUUUCCGGUGUUGGUGCUGCUAUUCCUGGUCGUGGUCCUGCUGGUCCCGAUCAUGUUCCUGGUGCUAUUCCCGGUCAUGGUCCUGCUGAUCCCGGUCUUGGUCCUGCCGGCCAUGGUCAUGGUCCUGCUAUUCCUGUUCGUGGUCCUGGUGCUAUUCCUGGUGUUGCUGUUCCUGGUGCUCCUGUUCCCGGUAACGGCCCUGCUUUUUCCGGUCGUGAUGCUGCUAUUCCUGGCCCUGGUCCCAGUCCUGUCAUUCCUGGUCCUGGUUCUGCUGUUCAUGGUCCUGCUGAUCCCGGUGCUGUCAUUCCUGGUCCCGGUGCUGCUGCUGCUUUUUCCGGUCACGGUGCUGGUCCCGGUCUUGGUCCUGCUAUUCCUGGACAUGGUCCUGCUGGUCCCGAUCCUGCUUUUUCCGGUCUUGUUCCUGCUGUUCCCGGUGCUGGCCAUUCUGUUGGUGGUGGAAGUAAACCUCCGGACUCUCGCUCUGUCGUUACUUCCUCAAGUCAAGGUGGUAGUGAAAAAACAGCCCCGGUCAGUGUUUCAUCCGAUGAGCGGAUUGCAUCCCCAGAGGAAGUUUUGGCACAAAAAGAAACAGGGAGUCAGGGCACCUCUUCGCCCGAAGGACAGCCAACGGUGUCAUCCAACACUGAAAAGCAACGAAACAAUUCUGCCUCAGCAGGGGGUCACAGUCUUGGCCACGACGCCGCGGGAGACGAACUUCAAGACUCUUUGCAAGAACAACAGAAAAAUGACCAUUCACAAACGAACGAGACAAAAAAAUCAUCAGGGGACCAAAUUACAGAGUCCCAAAGCAGUGGAGGAGCACUCUCGGAAGUAUCCAACAAAACAACGCAUGGGAUAAAAACUCAACAGCCAAAGACAAAUUCAGCAAAUGAGAAGAACUACAGUCAAAACACGGAUGCAUCCCACUCCACCUCCCCUCUUUUGCUUCUUCUUGUUGUUGCGUGUGCGGCUGCGGCUGCGGUGGUGACCGCGUGA